AUGGAUAGCAUGAAAAAGAAGGGCAAGAGAAAAGGUGGAGAUGAUUCUUCUUCUUCUUCUUCGGGCAAUCGGUUUCUUGGGGUGAGAAGACGUCCGUGGGGCCGAUAUGCAGCGGAGAUAAGAGACCCUUCGACUAAAGAGAGGCAUUGGCUCGGAACUUUCGACACGGCUGAAGAGGCUGCGCUAGCCUACGACAGGGCCGCGCGGUCCAUGCGCGGGUCACGUGCGCGAACCAACUUUGUCUACUCUGACAUGCCACCUGGCUCCUCACUCACUUCCAUCAUCUCGCCAGAUGAGCAGCAUCAUCAAAAUUUCUCAAUCAACUCGGAGCAUUUCAACUUUGGAAUACUAUCCAAUAAUGAUCAGCAAGGAUUUCAGCUCAUGAUCACUAACAAUAAUAAUGGUAAUAAUAACAAUUAUCAUGAGUACAGUCAGCAGGGGAGUGCUGAGCUGCCGCCUUUGCCGCCGGAUAUAAGCUGUGGUUCGGAGGAGCCGCCGUUACUGUCGGAAGUGGGAAAUGAUGUGGUGAAUGAGAUGAGGUGCCUUGAGCUGUCGGACCAUCGCCUUAGCUUCGAUGCUCCCUAUGAGGCCUUUUUCGGGUUCCACCAAUCUUCUUCACCCACUUAUGGAUGGUUCUGA